CGGAGGGCCGCCGCUGCCUUGUCUCCGUGUGCUGUAGCGAUUUCACCAGCUCGAUUGAUUAUACUGGGGGGGUCAUUAACAGACAAAUGACCCGCUCACACUUGAGCUGGAGGGCAUCGCCCCUUUCACUCCCUCCGGUACAUUUCAGCAUCAAAACUACGAAAAAUAAGAAGGAAUGGCUGUGGAGGAACUUCAGUCCAUAAUAAAGAGAUGUCAAAUCCUAGAAGAGCAAGACUUCAAAGAAGAAGAUUUUGGCCUGUUUCAGUUAGCAGGCCAAAGAUGCUUAGAUGAAGGGCACAUAGAUCAGCUGUUCGAAAUUAUUCAAAAUGAGAAGAACAAGGUCAUCGUUAAGAACAUGGGCUGGAACCUUGUUGGGCCUGUCGUUCGAUGCCUUUUAUGGAAUGAUAAGGAAGAUGAUAAAAGAAAGUAUUAUUUUCUGAUGCUUGAUUUAUUGGUAGAGUUAUGUAAUCCAAAGGAAUUAUUGUUGGGUUUGCUUGAACUGAUUGAAGAGCCCUCUGGAAAACAGAUAUCCCCAGUUAUUCUUCUUUUACUUCGGCCGUUACAAACAGUGAUCCAAAAACUUCGGCACAACAGGGCCUAUUCGGUGGGAUUGGCAUUGUCUACCCUGUGGAGUCAGCUCUCCGUCCUCCCUGUCCCCUACACACAGGGGCAGAUGCAGGCAGAUGAGUACGGCCUUUGUCAGUGCUGCGAGGCCUUAGUGGAGUUCACUAAGCCUUUCGUGGAAGAAGUUACUGGUGACAAAGAAAACUCAGUGGAAAAUGAAAAAUUAAAGGAUGAAUUGCUGAAAUUUUGUUUCAAAAGCUUGAAAUGCCCUUUGCUGACAGCGCAGUUCCUGGAGCCGCCUGAACAAGCUGAUACUGACCCUCUAAGGCGUUUCGCAGCUGAAAUAAUAGGAUUUUUAUCAGCCAUUGGAUACCCUUUCCCCAAAGUGAUUUUUAAUCAUGGAAGGAAAAAGAAGACUUGGGAUUAUCUUGAAUUUGAGGAAGAAGAAGACAAACAAUUAUCAGACUCAAUGGCUUCUCUGGCAUACCUAGUAUUUGUACAGGGCAUCAGUAUUGAUCAGCUUCCGAUGGUCUUAAGCCCAUCAUACCUUUUGCAGUUUAAUAUGGGACACAUUGAAGUCCUUUUACAAAGAACAGAAGAGUCUGUUUUGUCCAAAGGACUGGAUCUGUUGGAGAACAGUUUAUUGAGAACAGAGGACAGCAGUCUGCUCCACCAGUGCUUAGAAAUCAAGAGUUUCCUUACUGUACCUCAGGGCUUAGUCAAAGUAAUGACACUCUGCCCCAUUGAGACAUUGAGGAAAAAGAGUUUAGCUUUGCUUCAGCUGUAUAUUAACAAGCUGGAUUCACAAGGCAAAUAUACGUUAUUUAGGUGCUUAUUGAAUACAAGUAAUCACUCAGGUGUGGAAGCCUUUAUUAUUCAAAAUAUCAAAAAUCAAAUUGACAUGUCGUUAAAGGGAACACCUAACAAAUGGUUUACAGGCCCACAGCUGGUCUCCCUUCUCCAUCUGGUACUCUUUCUCCCAGAGGGCGCUGAGACAGACCUCCUGCAAAACUCAGACAGGAUAAUGGCCUCAUUAAAUUUAUUGAGAUAUCUGGUUAUCAAAGAUAAUGAAAAUGACAAUCAAACUGGAUUAUGGACAGAACUUGAAAAGAUUGAGAAUAAUUUCUUAAAGCCACUCCAUACAGGACUUAAUAUGUCAAAAGCGCACUAUGAAGCAGAAAUUAAAAAUAGCCAAGAAGUCCAGAAGUCUAAAGAUCUUUGUUCUGUAACAGUAGGUGGAGAAGAGAUCCCUAAUAUGCCUCCUGAAAUGCAGCUUAAGGUCUUACAUUCAGCUCUUUUCACAUUUGAUUUGAUUGAAAGUGUUCUGGCUCGAGUAGAGGAACUCAUUGAAAUAAAAACAAAGUCUACCUCUGACGAAAACAUGAGAUAAAGUAAAAGCUUCAUCUCCUAAAUAAAAACUAGUAAAAUAAUGUAUUUUCCAGUAUGGUUUAUUUAAUACCUUUGGAAGAGCUUUUCUGUUAUAUACUGAUAGAAAUGUAGCUUUCCUCUUUCAUCUGUUUCUAUAAUGACACAUUAUGGAUCAGUAGUAGUAUCUGGUUUUAAAAAGGUUAUCUACAGGGUAAACAAUGCCCAUGUGUAUUCUGAAUACUGAUGCUGAAAAUCCAAUACAAAUUAGUAAUUUUAUAUUAUGACUUCUAAAUUAUAGUUGUGAGUUUAUAACAACAUACACUUGAUGUACACACCUAAAAAUACUCUGUGCUCCAGGUGCUGACAUGUUACAUCUUAGAAGUCCCCAUGUCAAACUGGCUGUCACAGCAGGGUAAGAGCUUAGCAACUCUGAGUUGGGCCAGUUGAUACCCUCUCUUAAUUUCCCUUUCUUUCCUUGCCUCAGGAGGAGUCAAGGGGGCAGAGGCCUGUCACCAGCUCUCCAACAGUAGUUACAGUGUAAAAGCAUCCCCCAGUGUUUUAGAAAUACCAGCUGGCUUGUGGAAACCUAAAAAGUAUAUAUGACUUUUCUUUUAACCUAAGGGGUUAGUUAGAAAAUGUUAUGUAUUUAUUUCCAAGAAAAUAUCUGUUCAUCCAAAUUAAUGUGUAUCAUUAAGAAACUGCAUGAAUUUUAUAAUAAUGUAUGUACCAAUUUUUCUAAACAUUAUUAAAGGAAUUAAUAAAACUUAAAAAUAUAACCA